AUGUCGUCCCAGAAGCAGAAGGAAGUUGUCGCCAUCGAAGAAAUUAUCGACACCACGAUCGAUUCUGACGAAGAAGGCUCGAAUACGGGAUCUGAACCCGAGCAAGACCAACCCGAAAGCUCUUCUGCCCCUGCACAAAAGAAAAGCAAGAAACGUUCAAAAGCCUCGAAAAUUCUGAGCAAGAUCAAGGGAGAUGAAGACAUCCCAGACGAAGUUGUCCAGACUGUCGCGGAGAAAGUCAAGGCGACUGGUCAAGUGAAUGCGGAAGAACUCACUCCGGAGAGGAUCAGAGAGGCUUUGCAGCAGAUGAAGAUCAUGGAUGUUGUUAAAGGAAAGGCUGGAGUCGGCGGUAAGAACCAGAAGGAUACUGGUAAACACAAGUUCUGGUCCACUCAGCCCGUUCCUCAGCUGGGCGAGAGCCCGCCGGAAGAGGAUGGCUGCAUCGAGGAAUCCAAGCCGGCCAGCGAGAUUCGGCAGCAGCCUUAUCCACUUCCAAAGGAAUUCGAGUGGUCGAUCUUGGACAUUCAAAAUCCUGCCGAGAUCAAGGAGGUUUACGAUCUUCUUUCUGGCCAUUAUGUGGAAGACGACUAUGCUGCGUUCCGAUUCCAGUACAGCGCUGAAUUCCUUAAAUGGGCUUUGACACCUCCGGGAUACCACAAGGAAUGGCACAUCGGAGUACGGGUAGCCUCAAACAAAAAGCUCGUCGCUUUCAUCUCAGGGGUUCCGAUGAACCUCAAAGUUCGCGACAAUGUCAUCCCCGUUAGCGAAAUCAACUAUCUCUGCGUGCAUAAGAAAUUGCGUUCCAAGCGACUUGCUCCCGUCCUCAUCAAGGAAGUUACGCGUCAAUGCAACCUCAAGGGGAUUUUCCAGGCUAUCUACACGGCGGGUGUGGUCAUUCCCACUCCUGUAUCGGUUUGCAGAUAUUACCAUCGGUCACUGAACAUCCCGAAGCUGGUUGAUACCAAGUUCACCUAUGUCCCAAGGAACAGCACGCUAGCGGGAAUGAUCCGUCAGAACCAAUUGCCAGAGAAGCCUUCCCUGCUUGGGCUGCGAGAAAUGGAGGAGAAGGAUAUCGGAGCUGUUCACGAUCUGUUCCAGAGAUAUAUGAAGCGUUUCGACAUGAUUCCCCUGUUCGACUUGGAGGAGACCAGACACCAGUUGUUGAGUGGAAUGGGCACUGGGAACCUUGGAGACGGGGGGCAAGGUCGCAGGACUGGGCAAGUGACUUGGUCGUACGUUGUCGAGGACCCGACCACGCACAAGAUCACCGAUUUCUUCUCGUUCUACUCCCUUCCAUCUACGAUCAUUGGAAAUGCAAAAUACCCUCUGUUGGAAGCCGCGUAUCUUUACUACUACGCAUCAGAUUCAGCUUUCCAACCCGACGCAGACUCCAGCGGCAGUCUCCAGCGAAGACUUACAGUUCUCAUCGGGGACGCACUAGUUGUGGCCAACAACGCUCGUUUUGAUGUGUUUAAUGCUCUCACCUUGAUGGACAACGUCCCUGUACUCCAAGAUCUCAAGUUUGGCGCCGGAGACGGUUUCCUCAACUUCUACCUGUACAACUGGAGAACCUCGCCAUUAGCAGGAAUGAACGGAGAGGGCACUGUCUCUCCCGGAAGAGGGAUUGGAGUCGUCAUGUUAUAA